AUGUUAUUUAUUUCAUUAUUUGCCUUUUUAUCAGUCAAUUGUUGUACAUUAGCACAUCCUUAUUUGUUGGCGGAUAAUAGACAUUUUACUUUUUAUAUAUGGCAACGAUUCUUUCAGAGACAUUGGAUUGCUAAAUAUUUGGCAAUACCCUUCUAUAACUUCAGUGCAAUUUUUAUGUUUAAAAUGACCUCAGAAAUUCCAAAUAAAUUAAAGGCCUUUUAUCUUGUUUUUACUUCACUUUGCCUCAUUCCAGCCUUUUUAUUAGAAUUUCGUUAUUUUAUUAUACCGUUUGCUUUAUGGCGCCUUUCAUUAGAUUAUCAAUCAAGAAAAGCACAAUUUUUCGAAAUUUUGAUUAAUUUAAUGGUCUCUUCUUUUGUUCUCUAUUUAUUUUUAAAUAGACCUUUCAAAUGGCCUAAUGAUCCAGAAAAGUGGCAGCGGUUUAUGUGGUGA